AUGGCAUCAAACUGUAGGGAGGAGGUAGGAAGAAAGUGCUUAUUUUCCCGAGCAUAGGGAUCAGGCUCACAUUUAUAAAGGGUGUAUCUUUAUUAGUGUAAGUGUGCAGUCCUCCUUUGGAACAGAAGAGGAGGCACCAGGGACCAUGAGUGAGAAUGGCCCUCAUACGGAGGCGCCUAUGUACUUUGAGGUGGAAGUAGAUCACCUGGAGCGUGACGACGACGAAGAAGAAGAUGACAAGAUCCAUUUUGACAAAGAUGAUGGUCUCAUUGCUGAACCUUCAUCAUCCUCUGGUCGUGUGUAUGAUCGCACCACAGUACUCAUUGAGCGUGACCCCAUACGGCUGGAUGAGGAAGGCGAAGAGGAGGGUCACUGUGGUGGGGAUGAGGAUGGAGUCACCUUCCUCACUGAAGGAGAGGGUGAUGGAGAUGAAGAGGAGGGCUCUCUGGCCUUUAUGGCAGACCCCGAUGGCAUGUCACAGGGUUAUGUACACCACACAAUUUCUCCAGAUCAGAUUCAGUUCACAAUAAAUCCAGGCUCCACCCCAAUGCCACGCAACAUAGAGGGGGCUACGCUCACCUUGCACUCUGAGUGCCCAGAGACCAAGCAGAGAGAGGUAAAGCGCUACCAGUGCACAUUUGAAGGCUGCACAAGAACAUACAGCACAGCAGGAAACCUGCGGACACAUCAGAAGACACACCGGGGCGAGUACACAUUUGUGUGUAAUCAGCAGGGCUGCGGAAAGGCCUUCCUCACCUCCUAUAGUCUCAAGAUCCAUGUACGUGUUCACACCAAGGAGAAGCCUUUCGAAUGUGAUGUUCAAGGCUGCGAAAAAGCCUUUAAUACACUAUACAGGCUAAAAGCACACCAGAGACUUCACACAGGCAAGACGUUCAACUGUGAAUCGGAGGGAUGCACAAAGUACUUUACCACGCUUAGUGACCUGAGGAAGCACAUUCGCACACACACUGGGGAGAAGCCAUUUCGUUGCGAUCAUGAUGGUUGUGGGAAGGCUUUUGCAGCAAGUCAUCAUCUAAAAACACACGUUCGAACCCACACAGGGGAGAAGCCAUUCAACUGUCCCAGUGACGGCUGUGAGAAGACUUUUAGCAGUCAGUACAGUUUGAAGAGUCACAUCCGAGGCCAUGACAAAGGACAGUCCUUCAGCGUCACCCUCACCCAUCCACACUCUGAAGAUGCAAAUCACUCGCUGUGCCUCAGUGACUUGAGCCUCAUCUCUACAGACUCAGAGUUACGAGAGAACAUCCAUAAUGCUCAAAACUUGGACCUCAAUAAUGUGACCCCUGUGAGAAUCUUUGAGCUCAUGUUUCAAAGUCCUGAAAAUAGCGUCAGCCAAGAUGAUGCCAAUCCCAACGAGAGCCUUUCUGAACCAUUCAGCCUAGAGACCUCUACUCAACCAGCGGUGACUGAUUCCUCAUCUAUCAUCUCUUUCUCUGUCACGCCUACCUCUCCAUCUUCCUGUUCCCAUAAUGCUGCUGUCAUGGAAGCCUCUUCGCAGCAGAUUCAAAACUCUUCCUCUCAGGCUGCUGCCACUGUCACCGCUGCUGUCAGCUCCACACAGCCUCCCUCUUUCAUGCAACCAAGUGGGCCGCAUCAGAUCUCAGAUGUGCCUCAGGUUUCUGUCCAAGCACAAAACCAUAUCACCCCCCAGCACUAUGUGGCACUACCACCCACAUUCCUACAGUCAGAAAGUGCUACUCAGACCGCUCCUCUGCCGCCACCCACCUCCAUUCACCCUCCAGUGGCUCCUGUGCAGACCACCACAGCACCAGCCCCUGCUGCUGUCAUUGCAGGCACCACAACAGAUGGUUUCACAGCUGUGGCUCAACCCGUGCCUUUGGCCAACAACCCAGUUGCCAACACUGGCCCUGGUCUGCCUACCACCCCUGCCACCAUCACCAUAGCAUCAACCCCAAACCUGCUGCAGCCAAGCCUGGUCAUGUCUGACCAGAACCUCCAGUGGAUCCUCAGCAGUGCUGCCAACAGCCAGCAGAACCCAGAGCAAGCAUCACAUCAAGGAGCUCCAAAAGUAGAAAAGGUUUUCUUCACUACAGCCAUACCAGUGGGAGGAAAUGCCGGUAACUCAGUCCAACAAAUUGGCCUCAGCUUACCAGUUAUCAUCAUAAAACAGGAAGAAUCCUGUCAGUGCCAAUGUGCCUGCAGGGACUCUGCUAAAGACAAGAGUGCAAAGAGUGCCUCCUCAAUCAUGUCAACCCCAGCACAACAUCAACCGUCAGAUCCCCCUCCCCCUCUUCUGUCUGAGCCAUCACACCAUCGAGACAAUUCAUCUUCCUCAUGCUGCCUUCCCAAGUCUUCCUCCAAGGUGGGUGAGGUGAGGCUGGAGGUCUCCUCUAGUACUUCUUCCAACUCCUCCGCAGCUCAGACUUUUUCCACCAUAGUGAGUAGCACUGCCUCCAACCCACCCCCAUCUGACGGGUUAGCCAGCAUGGACGUCUCCGACUUCCUCUCUAUGCAGAGUCCAGAGACGGCUGCCAACAUUGAGGCUUUGCUGCUGGUUGCUGAUGACUUCAACAUGGCCGCUGAUGGCGAUCCUUAGAAUUGCCUUCCUAGCCUGGCACCAUGUGUUUGUCUGUUGCACCCACUCAUCUACAAACGUCGAUUCCACCCACAUCACGAAUCACUCUGCAAAGCAAUGCCUCUUUCCCAUAUAGUGUGUACAUCAAACCCCUUUGUCCAUGCAGUACAUCCUGUUCUGAAUGACACUGCGCAACAUAUACACAGACUAUGAAUAACUUUUCUGUUGAGGAUCAUUGCAGAAGUUGAGUUUUUAGAAACAGAAUUAGUUUACUUAUUGAGAUUUAGCAACUUGAACACUACAUAUUGCAGAAAAAUGGCAGUGAAUUAUAUGUGGAAACAUGCCCUGUGUAUAAUAAUCCUCCUGAUCAACUGAAUUGAUUGAAUCAAAACAAGUGUGUUCUCCAAGCACUGAUAAGAUUGAUUAAUUGAUCUACAGACCUAAGCAGGAAACAAAAACUUGUCUGUAUAUCCUUGUACUGUACUACAGGUCCUAAUACUUAAAGCUGGAAUGCAGCUGACCAGAAUGCACUGUAUUUGAGGAAUUUGCUAUUAUAUUAAUGAACCAUUGCUCCCAGCAGAAAUUUAAAGGAGUUGGCCACAUGGCGCCUGAUUUGGCUGUCAUAGUGGUUUCCUUAGUGUUCUUUUUGUUUUCUAGGAAGACUAAUAUAGAUAAGAAAAUGUGAUUUUUCUUUUCUUUCUACUUCUUUUGAUAUUUACUAAUCAAGAAAAGAACCUGUGAUCAGAUCUGCCUGUCUUUUUAAAUGGCAUUAAUUCAAUAAGUUGCCUAUAACUUAAACUAACUUAAAUUGUAUAUGUUAAUUUAUUUAAAUGUUAAUUCUUUCAUUAUAUUGGUAAAACUAUUAUCUUUGAGAUAGCAGAAUAAUUUAUUCCAAUCACUUGUAUUUUUAAGUUGCUUUUUUGUUGUUACUGAAUUUUUAUCCAUUCAAAAACAAUGUAUAUGGCUAAAAGCAAGUUAAGCGGCACCUCGAGUACACUGCACAGUGACGCAAAUUACCCUCAAGGAUCUGCUCAUUCGCAAGAAUAAUUCACAAUUAAACAGUAAGAAACUGCUGUCGACAUCCCAUGUUUUUUAGGGUUGUGACCCUCUCAGGGAUUCAUCAACUCAUGACUGAUCCCAAUUCCUUUCAUUUGUCACUCAGACUUGUUUUCUUUACUAGAAGGCCCACACUUGCAGUAGCCCUACAUUUUGCUGCACUCUUCUGUUUGUUGCACACUAUCUUAUGAAGAGAAUAACCUGACAGCUUGUUAGCUGAGGUGCAGCACCACUACAGACUUUUUGUAUACAACUGCUGUAAAGUAGCAUUUAAAAGAUGGUGUCCUGGAUACGGUGUAAAUAUAGUGCAUUUUAGUGUAAACAUGUUUGAAAAGCGUGUAGAUUAUUCUAGGAUUUGUAUUUUUGUAUAGACUUUUGAAUUACUAACUCAGAGUUUGGAGCUAAUGUAAAACUUGCGUUCUGCUCCCUGUCGCAUUUAUGCAGUUUGAGUUUUUGCUUUGUUGAAUAGUCCGAUAAAGAAGCUCCUGUACAGUUCGUAUUGUAACAGAAUAUAUGUAACACAUAGCCUCCUCAGAGUAUAAUUUAACAGUAUUGUUUCACAUGGGACACAUUGCAAUGAUGGCAAGCAAAGGCAUUAUCUCCUGUAGGUUAGAGUGUUAAGACUUGGCCUUACAACAUGAUUUAUUUUGUGAACCUUCUUGUCUCGACCAUCUCUGCUUCACACAUGCAUACCCGCCAUCAAAGUCUCUCAGGUGAUCUCAGGCAGUAGCCGGUCACUGAGGCAAAAAGGUUUCUUGUACUUUUCCUUGAUCUGAGUGGUUUUCUUGUUGGAAUGUUUGCUUAGUUUUUCAUGCUUAUGCAACAUUGCUAAAAAAAAAAAGAUAUUAGGUGAUAACAGAUGCAAAUCAGAAGACUAAAUUUUAAUAGGUUUAUCACUGAGCUAUUUUUUUUCCCCAUUUAACCAUUAAGAGUAGCUUUCCCUUGUUUGACGAGUGCAGACAAGGCAGAUUUUCUAGAAAACUGGGCUUAAUUCAGCCAGACCAGUAUUAAUUUUAUUGGUGAAUAUUGCAAGUGGCUCCAUUUAUAUGCGCUUAGACCAUUUCUUGCAUGCACAGAUGUCAAAAUCUAUUUAAAACACAGCCCCAAAAAAUAGCUGUCAGCUAAGCUCAUAUCCUUAACAUUCUUAUGUUGUCAAUGUACACAACUAUGCAAUUUCAAGUUCAAAGACAGGCUAUGUAUGCCUUUUUCACAAGACAGACUUCUGUUACCAACUUUCAUGCAGACAUCCAUUGGCAAGUUAUUUUUCCAGUGCAUCUCUAUCAAAAGAAUCUGCUUAGACUCAAGUGUAAUACGUUUAAUAUCUAAGAUUGCUGUGUCGCAAAUCUGGACUUUGAAGCGUGUGGAUCAGGUACUAUUCCUUUGAAUGUUGCACCACAUCUUUCCUUUCACAUGCAGUCUUGCCUCUGAGGUAACUGGUUCAAAACCAUUUGAUUUGUUUGGGGAAGUACUUAGCGAAUGAAUGGUUCUGUUUUAAGAAUUAUGAUUAAAUGAACACAGCUUUUCCUUUUACUCAUGUUACACUGGUCUCAUUCCAUUUCAUCUCAUCAUCUCAGCCUUUCACAUAGUUUAAUCAUUUGUCAGCUUUCAUUAACUUAAUUUUUAAACAGAAAUGUUUAACUUGUGGCCCAGUUUUCUGUCUGACGUCUACCUGAAAAGGUAACUUUGUCACUAAUGGUGACAUUUAUUUGGAAGCAGAUAGUUUGAUCACUAAUGUAAAACUGGAGAUUGAGAAAAGUCAGUCAAUGCCAACAUUUUUCCAAAUGGGCAAUAUUGGACUAAUAUAGGCAACCAUAUGCUUCCAAAGAAAUGUCUGACACCCAAAGAGUGAAGAAUUGUAAAGGAUUUGUAUUUUUGAAAGAAUGUAUAAUGUCAAAAUGUUUGCUUAUGCUCGUUUUGUAUAAAUUAAUAACUAUGAAUUGAGAGCAAUAUAAUACUAAUAAAACCUUAUCCUUG